UCUCUUCCUCAUUCUCUCUCUCUCUCUCCGACCACCAUAACCACCACAAUGGCAGCGGCAACCGCUUCCCUCACCGGCACCAUGGCGAGCACUUCCUUUCUCCGCCGCCAACAACCCAGUACAGCCAUCCGUUCUCUUUCCACCUCCAACAAAACAGCAGCCCUGUUUGGACUGAAAUCCAGCACCGGCAGCCGUAGCCGCGGCGGAGUGACCAUGAUGGCGAGCUACAAGGUGACCCUCAUCACGCCGGAGGGAACACAGGAGUUCGAAUGCCCUGAUGAUGUCUACAUCCUUGACCACGCCAUGGAGGAAGUGGGUGUCGACCUUCCGUACUCAUGCAGGGCCGGGUCUUGCUCGUCGUGCGCCGGAAAAGUAACCGCCGGGAACGUGGACCAGUCGGACGGGAGCUUUCUGGACGACGACCAGUUGGAGGCUGGAUGGGUGCUGACCUGUGUGGCUUAUCCCACCUGUGACGUCACCAUCGAGACCCACAAGGAGGAGGAGCUCACUGGUUAAUUUUUUAUAAUAUUUAUUUUUAAAUCAAUAAAUUUCAAGUGGUGGAUGAUGUGUUUGAUGGAAGUCGAAUGUCUUUAAAUUUAAGUCAACUUUAAUUAAGAUGUCAAAUUUUGUUACAUUUUAAUACUAUCUUUUUUCAAUAUUUGAAA